CCCCGCCUCCCCUUCAGGAGGACUUGCCCGCUCCCAGGCCGGCCCCGCUCCCGGGACAGGGACCGGGCCGAGCGGAGCCGCUGCGCCAGUGCUGCCCCGCCAGCACGGGCGCCUAGCGGAUCGGAGCUGCGCGCGGAUCUACCUCGCCCCGCCCCGCUCCACCCGCAAGGGUGGCCCGAGGCAGCCGGGAUGACACUUCUCCCCAGGAACCCUGCUAUCUGCUGAGAAACAUGACCAGCAAAUCCCCUCCUCUGUGCAUGUACCUUGCAGGCUGGAAGUUCCUGGCCAUGCUGGCUCUGGUCCUUGUCGCUGUCAUGGUGUGGUAUUCCAUCUCCCGAGAAGAUAGGUACGUUGAACUCUUUUAUUUUCCCAUCACAGAGAAGAAAGAGCCGUGUUCCCAGGGUGAGGCAGAGAGGCAGGCCUCUAAGAUUUUCGGCAACCAUUCUAGGGAAAAGCCCAUCUUCCUGCAGCUUAAGGAUUAUUUCUGGGUAAAGACACCAUCGGCCUAUGAGUUGCCCUUUGGGACCAAAGGGAGUGAAGACCUUCUUCUCCGGGUGUUGGCCAUCACUAGCUAUUCUGUCCCUGAGAGCAUACAGAGCCUCGAGUGUCGUCGCUGUGUUGUGGUGGGGAACGGGCACCGGUUGCGCAACAGCUCACUGGGAAGUGUCAUCAACAAGUACGAUGUGGUCAUCAGAUUGAACAAUGCUCCUGUGGCCGGUUACGAGGGAGACGUGGGCUCCAAGACCACCAUUCGUCUCUUCUACCCUGAGUCGGCCCACUUCGACCCCAAAAUGGAAAACAACCCAGACACACUCUUGGUCCUGGUAGCUUUCAAGGCAAUGGACUUCCACUGGAUUGAGACCAUCUUGAGUGAUAAGAAGCGGGUGCGCAAAGGUUUCUGGAAGCAGCCUCCCCUCAUCUGGGAUGUCAACCCCAAACAGAUUCGGAUUCUCAACCCCUUCUUUAUGGAGAUUGCAGCGGACAAGCUCCUGGGCCUGCCCAUACAGCAGCCUCGAAAGAUCAAGCAGAAGCCAACCACAGGUCUGCUAGCCAUCACCUUGGCCCUACACCUCUGCGACUUAGUGCACAUCGCUGGCUUCGGCUACCCGGACGCCUACAACAAGAAGCAGACCAUCCACUACUACGAACAGAUCACUCUGAAGUCUAUGGCGGGGUCAGGGCACAAUGUCUCCCAAGAGGCUGUAGCCAUCAAGCGGAUGCUAGAGAUGGGAGCCGUCAGGAACCUCACGUACUUCUGACUUGGAUGAAAGCUGUAACACGCCAGUUCCCUACGCUGCCAUCGGAGUGGCCCCUGUCUAGGGCUUCUGGAUGCCUGGUGCCAGUACAACUCACUUGAACUCACCCUCAGUGGGGAGGGUGUCCUGGGACUGGCCAGGUCUCAGGAGAGGCUGUGUCUCUGACUCCUCUGGUGGAGUCCACCUCCAGACAGGGUGGACACACUGAGGCUACAGGAGCCUGGCCAAGGGGGCGGGGCUUGCUGCUGUGGCAUCCCCUCUCUGCCAGCACAAAGGGGUUUUGUUUGUUCUGGGGGCUCCUUUUUUUUUUUUAUUUUGUUUGUUUGUUUGGGUUUUUGUUAUUGUUAUUGUUGUUGUUGUCGCUUGUUUGUUUGUUCUUUUGUUUUGUUCUGUUUUUGAGACAGGGUCUGACUGUGUAGCCCUGGCUUAUCUGGAACUCACUACGUAGACCAGGCUGGCCUUGAACUCACAGAGAUCCACCUGCCUCUGCCUCCCAAGUGUUGGGAUUAAAGGUGUGUGCGAACACGCCUGGCCCCAGCAACAAGAGAUUAUUUAACGUGCUAUUUAAUUAAGGAGAAGAAAAAAUGCAAUGGGCUGGUCCCGUGGCAUUCACAGAAGGGACACAACACAGUGUUCUGCCCACUUUUUAAUAAGAUUUACAGAAAAUUGGCCUGUUAAGGCCCUGACCUAGAGCUGGCCUCCCGGGAGGAUGGAGGCAGUGAGUGGGAGGCUGUCCUCCAGAGAGGGGUUGCUCCCUCCCAGCAGGCAUGGGAAGGGCAUUGACAAGGGGGCUCCAUCUAGAAGGGGCCUCACCUGAAAAAGAGAUUACAAAAGACCAAUAAAAUAUUUUUUUUUUUCCUAAAAUGGAA